AUGGAAACGCCACCAUUCGAUAACGAAGAACAACUUUAUAACCGUCUGACGGAUACGUGGAUCUCAUGCGACGCAGCCUUACGUCUUCCCAAAGAGUUGGACUGUCCCGUCUUGGACAAGAUGUACCCCAGCCUUCACUUCUUCGCUCGCAAAAGCAGCUCACAUAUUGACCCUAUCCAUGAACAUAAAGUAAAAGAACGAAGAAUAUGUAUUACCGAAGACCCAGCCUUACACCUUGUAUGGUAUUAUAACACUAUAUUUAUAAAACCACUAUCACCUGAACUAUUAAGCUACGAUUUCUGGGAGGAACACCUUAAGCCAUCCAGUACUUGCCGGCCUGCGGCGCUUGGAUUUAUUAGAUCGUAUGCCUAUCUUGUCCGCCACCGCUCCGAUUUCAUCAUUGCACGGGAGGAAAAUCUGAUUCCCGCUUCGGAAACGAUGACGUAUGGCGAUUUCUCUCGGUUCAUUGAUAAGUUUCGAGAUAUUCCCGACACGGUUGUUUCGCCGCGGUGGAGGUUCGGACAGCUUCGUCUGUCACGGCUGAAUUGGGCUGUGCGGCUUCUGCAACCCCAGGUACCAGGUCACCGCGGUCUACUGCAACGACUGUUUUAUCGGGAGCGGUUUUGGCAAACAAGAUAUUUUAUACAAGAAUUCGCGGCUCCUUUAGUAUUUGUUUUUGCUGCCUUCUCUCUGAUCCUCGCUGCGAUGCAAGUCGUGUUGGCUGCGCGGCCUGAUGAAACCUGGCCUGCAUUUGUAGCUGUCAGCACCUGGUUUUCUGUGAUCGUAAUCAUCGCGCUCGUUGCAUGGGUUACUUUGAUAGUGGCUAUAAUGCUUGCAAUACAAGGCUGGCAAUUGUCCUUCGCCUUACUGAAUGCACACUAA